AACGGGACUAACGGUUCCGUUUUAUAUUAAUCCCUACCGCUACCAUCGCUAUUUCUUCUAGCCGGUCUCCAUGUUCUCUUCCUUUUCUUCUUUAUCUGCUGUCUUCUUCUCCAUCUUCUCUUUGUCGCAUAAUUUUGGUUUCAUUUUGUAAUCAUAUUCACCUCAUCACACGAUCUUCUCACCAAUCGAUCUCUACCCUAAAUUUUUCGUGCUCAUAAAGGUUUACCCGAAUUUACUUGUUUCAUCCAUGAAAACCUAAGUCAGAAUUUUGCUCUUCAAAAUGACCUAUUGUAAUUCUAAUGAAGCCCAAUCAACGAUUACUCCAUCAUCAAAAAGCAUAUCAAAGGUACUUGUGAAAUGCGACCAUGGCAUGGUUUCAGCUUUGAAGACAGUGACAUUUGGGCCAAACAAGGGAAAGAAAUUCUAUGGCUGUCCUUUAUGGCAGAGUGACAAUUGUAAUUUCUUUUUGUGGGAGCAUGAUUCAAAGAAGAUGGAGAGUAGGGUGUCAAUGGAUACAGAAAAGCAGUCAGUUUUGGAUGAGAAUGAAAAGCUUAGAAAAGAGCUGGAAGCAAUGAAAAUUGAGAACAAAAUUUUGUUGGAAAAAAUAUGUAAGCUCAGAAUGAAAAAAAAAUUGUUAGAGGCUGAUAGAAGGAAAGUAAAUUCAGGGAAAAAGGCUAUGUGUGGUGUUGUUUUAUCUUGGGUUGUCAUUGCUAUUGUGGUAUCCAUUUUAGUUGGUAGGAUGUAAGGAUGAUAGCAGUGUGGUGUGCUUUGUCAUUGUACAAUCCAUUUAGGCCAAUUUGGUCUGUUUUUGUAAUAAGUUUGGGAUAUAUGUUGUGCUAUUUUGUUUGAUAUGGUAAUGUUUAUACACCUUCAACAUUGAUUAUCAAUUUAUUAA